AUGGCCGUUCUCAAUAUCGUCGAAGCUUCAAUUGAAGAUUUACAAAAUGCCUUGACCAACGGUUCCAUUACGAGUGUUGAGCUUGUAGCACGUUUACUCCGCCGUAUCAGCACUUACGACUGCCGGAGCCUUGCCCUGAACUCGAUUCCCAUCCUCAACAAUACCCUCUUCGAACAAGCUGCCAAGUCUGAUGACCGAAGAGCAUAUUGCGAGAAAAUCAGGCCCCUGGAAGGUAUACCUUAUACGGUCAAGGACAGCUAUAAAGUUAAGGGCAUGGUAGCCGCCGCGGGAUCUCCUGCUUUCGAACAUCUCGUUUCCAACGAAGACGCCUUUCUUGUUAAACUCAUUCAAGAUGCUGGCGGAGUACUCAUUGGGCGGACAAACAUGCCUGCAAUGGCCUGCGGCGGUAUGCAGAGGGGCAUCUGGGGAAGGGCCGAGAAUCCUUACAACCCAGACUAUUUGGCCGCAGCAUUUGCUUCGGGUUCUUCAAACGGGUCGGCCGUUUCUACAGCAGCAUCGUUCGCAGCUUUCGGGCUUGGGGGUGAAACUGUGUCAUCUGGGAGAUCGCCAGCAUCCAACAAUGCGCUCAUCGCUUACACCCCCUCGAGGACCUUUUUAUCCAAUCGCGGCAGUUGGCCGUUGUAUCCAACAUGCGACGUACCAGUACCUCAUACCAGGAGCAUGAAGGAUAUGCUGACUCUCCUGGAUGUCAUCACGGCCCUAGAUCCAGUUGCCAAAGGUGAUCUCUGGCGAGAGCAGAGCAGCGUUCAAUUGCCACAGCCUUGGAGGGACAGGCCGGCGAGCUUUCAAGACCUUGCCUCAUCUGAUUCAUUGUCUGGGCUGCGUAUUGCUGUGCCAGAGAUCUUCCUUGGUGGACCGGUGCCUGAAGGCGCGAAGCCUGUCCAUACGAGCCAGGCUGUCAUUCGAUUGUGGGAAAAAGCAAGAAAGAAUCUUGAGUCGCUUGGCGCGGAAAUUGUGAUGGUUCCCGACUUUCCGCCUUUGACAGCUUACGAAAACGACAAUCUUUUGCCGGAGGGCUGUCCCAAAAAGCCUGCGGACUGGCAUGCUACUGAGAGAGGAGCAUUGGUAGCACAUGCUUGGAACAACUUCCUCCGAGGGUUCAACGAUUCAAAGUUUCCAGAUAUCUCUGCAGUCGACACAUCGAACAUCUACCCAGACAGCAUGAGAACGGAGCCUGAACUACAACACUUCGAGAAGACGAACGCAUUACAGUACCACCGGCUAGCCGAAUACGCCAGCAAAGGGACUAUUCUUGAUGUAGAAGGUCUGGAUCAAGCACUCAAGGCGCUAGAGGCUAUGCGGAAGAUUCUUCUUGAAGACUGGCUCAGUAAACUCAACUGUGAUUGCGUUGUCUUUCCCGCCGCCGGCGAUGUCGGACCUGCGAAUGCCGACUCGGACUUUGAGGGGGCAUCCCUAGCUUGGCAGAAUGGUGUCCAUUACAGCAACGGGAACAGAGCAAUUCGACAACUCGGUAUUCCUACCGUUUCAGUUCCGAUGGGCAUGUUGGACGACAAACAUGUGCCCAUGAACCUAACCUUCGCUGGUAGAGCUUACGAUGAUGUCCGACUGCUGAAAUGGGCGAACGCUUUCGAAGACAAAACGAAACACCGGACCCCUCCACAACACACGCUAUAUCUCGAAUCUGACUUCAUUCAACUUUCCAACAACGGGAUUAACAAAGAUCCACGGCCAAAGAUCCGUGACAGUGAGCCCGCCAAUUGGGGAUUUUCCAGUAGUUGA